AUGGACAAUCCGAGCAAUUGCAAUAGCGUUAGUAAUCUGCUCUUAGUGAAGACCAAGCAGGAACAGCAAUCACAUCCCCAGCAGCACCAGCAAAAGCAUUCCGACGAUCCGCACCCAACACCACAACAAUCAGAGCAGGCAUAUGCCACUACUUUCUUUGACGCUUCCAGUGAUAAGCAUCCGCAGCAACCACAGUCACAGUCACACCCGCUGCUCUCAAAGACAAUAUCGCAAGGUCAACAAUCGCCGCAGCACUCGAUAACGCCAUCUGGCGGCAGUUCCACGCCCGAUAUUAAAUACAAUAACGAAAAGCUAGCCAACGAGAUUCAGCUUUUCAUGCACAAGAGCGCGAUGCAGCAAAUCCAACAACAGAUACCACGAGUCGGACUGAGUGCCCAUGGUGUUGGCACCACUGCCAGCAUUGGGGGCAGCACGACACCCGGUGGAUCGGAGACAAAGCCACAUCAAUGCCAUCAGUGUAUGAAGAGCUUCUCCAGCAACCAUCAACUGGUCCAGCAUAUACGCGUCCACACCGGAGAGAAGCCCUACAAAUGCUCCUACUGUGAUCGUAGAUUUAAGCAGCUAUCCCAUGUCCAGCAACAUACGCGACUGCAUACCGGAGAGCGACCGUACAAGUGUCACCUGCCGGAUUGUGGUCGAGCAUUCAUCCAGCUAUCUAAUCUGCAACAGCAUCUGAGGAACCACGAUGCCCAGGUAGAGCGGGCCAAGAAUCGUCCAUUCCAUUGUAACAUUUGUGGCAAGGGAUUCGCCACAGAGUCGAGCCUGCGCACCCACACAUCAAAGGAGCUACAGCUGCAUCUUGGUGUCUUGCAGCAGCAUGCGGCACUCAUUGGUGGGCCCAAUGCCACCUCAUGCCCUGUGUGCCACAAACUCUUUUUGGGCACUGAGGCGCUGAUGGAUCACAUGAAGCAUGUCCACAAAGAGAAGACCUCGCCGCCGAUCGAGCCACCGACGCAAUUUGGAGAUGCCAUCCACGGCAGUAGCUCACUUGCAGCGCAAUGUGCGUCCGAGCUGAGCUGUGCUCAGCCUUCAAACACCAGUGGGUCCAGUUUGAAUGACAGCUAUCUCGGCAAGCGGAGAACCGCCAACCACCCCUGUCCCGUCUGCGGAAAGCACUAUGUCAAUGAAGGCUCCUUGCGCAAGCAUCUCGCCUGCCACGCGGAGACCUCCCAGCUGACAAGCAGCCUGCGCAUGUGGCCGUGUUCUGUUUGCCAGGCGGUAUUCACUCACGAGAACGGUCUUCUCACCCAUAUGGAUCACAUGCGUAUGGAUCCCAAGCAUCAGUUCGCAGCGCAAUAUGUUUUGUCUCGAGCGGCAGCCGAGCAAAGGGAACGCGAGUCCUUGUUGGCAGCGAGUUUGGCUACCUCGUCGACCAGCGGAGCCCGAGAUCCAGCCGGACAUCUGCUGCCAUUGGAUGUGGGUGCUGGAGCGGGUCUGGUAGUUGGUAUGGGUGUUACACAAGGAGGAGGGUCCAAUUCGUUGUGUCCCUCGCCAUCCGUGAACUCGGAGUGUUCCUCAAGCAAAAUCAAUUUGGCCGAGCUGCGCCUGCCCAGUUCCAGCCAGUACCACAUGGACGCCGAGCUGCACGCAAAUCGCAUGUCCCUAAUGGCAGCCGCUUCAGCUGCAGCCGCUGCUGUCGCAGCUUCCACGGGCUCCAGAUCACAAGACGGCGUCACUGACGGUCCGGGCAGUGCGGUUGUCCAAGCAGCAGUCGUCAACCUGGCCGCCGCCAUGCGCCUGAACAACCCCGCAAAUCAUCAGCAACAGCCUCUGUCGCACUUGCCGUUGCUGUCGCCGCUCGGCAGCCAGCAGGGCCACACGGGUAUCAAUCUGGGCACUCGGAGAUCGCCGGGUAUAAACGUGCCUAGUUUGCAAAUGCAGAGUGACACGUCGGCAUCGGUUAUGAUGAGCAUGAUGCGCGGCUCUUUGGACUCCAGCUUGAGCAGCAUGCAUCAAAUGGAGACACUGCAUCAUCAGCAUCAUCAGGCAUCCAACUAUUCGCAGCACGCUGUGACGCCCAGCUCGCAGCAAACGCCGUCGCAUCCACAGCAUCCGCAUAACCACCAUCCAGAGACGGCACUUCGGAUGCAUCAGCAGGCGGAGGCCAUAUUGCGCUCACACACGGAAGCAGCGUUCCGUCUGGCUGCUUCGGUGGCUGCCACAAACGUAACACCUUCCAACCCUGGCGGAGCUGGGGCUCCAAUCAAAAGCGAAUCAACAAUAGCAAGUGUUGCUUCUACACAGCAGCAGCAGCAGCAUCAGAGGCAGAUCAAUGGUAGUGAUCUGCAUGCAUCGCCCCAUCGUUUCCCAACGAACACGAACCAAGCAUCACAUAGCACCCACCCGCAGUCGCAGCACGAACAGCAGCCAAAUCAACCCAAUUCAUGA